ACUAGUUUGCCGCAAAUCUUGUAUACAAUCUUACAAUCGGUGGACUUAGUCUGUUGUUUAUGUACAAUUUUCAUAAUUUUUAAUGUUGUUUAUAUAGGCUGUACUAAUUCCUGUUUCAUCAACACGCGAAGAAAACAAUAAAACAGUUUACACUUUUUGGAAUCAAUAUUUAUCAGAAUAGUUUUGUUUAAUUUCGAUUGUUUAUAAAAACAUUCGGACAAACUUAAUUCUGUGAUAUGCUAUAAUGCAUCACCACUCUAUGACAAUGCAAGGUGGUUAUUUGGAUACAAGUGGAUUCCAGAAUGGAAUUUACGGAACUCUGGGAUAUGAUGGCAGUUCUAUAAAACUACAUCAUGGACAUUAUCCGGAAACACAAGACACGUGCUACCCUGGUUACAGCAAUACUUUGUCUGGAGGAAGUGUUCAUUAUGCCGCCGCACGUGAUCCGCCAUCUUAUUCCGAGUCAACAGUUUACCAGAAUGGAUACAUCCCAAAUUCUACAUCUUCUUACUACAAAAUGGCAGGAUCUGGUGAUUUCGGCGUUCCUAGGGAUUCAACUGGAAUGCUUUUGAAGACAGAUGUAAUUGAUUCUAAUUUGACAGACAAUGUGAACAUAAUAAAUCAUCGUUUUGAAACUGAAAAUACCGUGACAGAUAUAAAUAGUGUACAACCAGAGUCACAAACGCAAGCAAAUAACAAUACAUCGGGUCUCAAACUUGAAGAAAUAUCCGAAUUUAAGACAGACCUUUCUUUACAAGAUUCAGUGUCUCCUAACAAUUCAUCAGAGUGUUUGACUGUUGAUAUUAAGGAUCAAGAGACAUGCAGUAAGGCGGAUGACAUUAUAGAAAGUGAAACUGGCGGAGUUGUUGCGGAAGAGGAUAACGCGCGUGGAAAUUCUGAAGUUAAACCAGCGUUGUCAUAUAUCGCUCUUAUAGCUAAAGCCAUUCUGGAAUCCAAUCAGAAAAGACUGAGUUUGGGUUCCAUUUAUUCUUGGAUUGAAAAAAACUAUCCGUAUUAUGUGAACAAAGGUCAAGGCUGGAGGAAUAGUGUACGGCAUAAUCUGUCUUUAAACGAUUGUUUUAUAAAGGCCGGACGGUGCGAGGACGGGAAAGGAAACUACUGGGCGAUCCAUCCUGCAAAUAUCCAAGACUUCAUGCGCGGGGAUUUCAGACAAAGACGGCGCUCAAGGAGACGUGGUCGCAAGAAGGACUGUGACCUUGGGAUGUAUCACGUGACCAACGGCUACAUCGGCACUUCCCCUUCGCUGGCACCGGCUGUUCCCUUCAAUCCAACACCAGCACUCAGCUCGAUAUAUUCACCCUAUACAGAAGCCGAGCGCCGGGCCUAUAGACUUGAUGACGCUUUACUGCGUCAAAACAUGAACAAUCCUUUCAUGAAAUGGUACCAUGGCAACAACAGUUAUGGCAACCAGACACCCGGAUGUAACACGGGAAUGUAUGGCAGUUCCUCACCACAAUGGCAGCCAGGUUACACUGAUCAGACUACGUACCCGCUCAAUGCAUUCUCGCCAAGAAAUUAUGCUGCUCCAGCACUUGUGUGAACGGAGGUGACGUUGAUCUCAAAAAGAGGCUGCCAAAAAAGGGUGUAUCACGAUGCAUACUUUACCAGGAAAGGAAUCAAUCAAUGUGUAUGGCUAUAGGUCCUGACUGAAAUUAUUGUUCUGUUUUUAUCAACCAACAACGCAUACAAACUAACUGUGAUUUGUUAUUAAGUGACAUUUUUCUGUGGUGUGUGCUCAGAGGGGAUAAUAAAUUGUAAAUUUUGUAAAUAUAAGAAAUAUUAUUUAAUAAAUGCU